AUGGUCAGGAACUUAGCUGAGGUCAAACCAGAGACAGCAGAGACAAGCCAUGGUCAGCAACUUAUACGCCUGCGCAGAAGCAACAAGAUGUGCCUGGAUUUGGAAUUCAAUGCCCAGCAAACUCCUCUAUGUGUGAUAAUCGAGGGUUCCGCCAAAUAUUUCACCGAAAUCCAUCAGGUCUCCGUAAACUGUUGUAACUGCAACUUAUCCAGCGUUCCUGCGGAUUUGCCUAAAGAGACGAAGAGCCUAGAUCUUAGUUUUAAUCCUCUUAAGCAUAUCAGCGGUUUGGCAAGACUAUCCCGACUCCAGAUUCUCGAUCUCACGAGGUGUGGUAUAACUUCAAUAGAAGACAAUACAUUUGCUGGCCUUGGCACUUUGCAUACUUUAAUCCUCACCGGAAACCCAAUCAAGCAUUGGUCCCAAGUGGCCUUCACUGGUCUCUAUUCUCUAACAAAACUUGUUGUCGUGGAGACAUCUCUUGCAUCCCUUUCCGAACUUCGCGUAGAGCAUCUCCGCUCGCUGCAGGAAUUAAAUGCUGCAAAAAACAGGAUCGACCGCCUCUACGUCCCCUCCUUUUUAUUUCAUCUUCAUACUCUCGAUCUUCGUGCCAACAAUAUCUCCAAGAUCAACCGGGAAGAUGUGGAAAAUCUACGACGGGCCAAUACAUCAAACCUCAGUCUCAUAUUGUCUCAGAAUCCCAUACACUUCAUUGAUCCCGGUGCUUUUUGGUUCGUUGCUCUCCAAAUGCUACACCUAAAAGGUUGCUUUUAUCAUGAAGAUAUUAUGAGGGCCUGCUUAAAUUCCCUCUCGGGUCUUCAAGUGCAGAAGCUAGUGCUUGGACAUUAUAGGAUGUAUCGUACGCAGAUUUACUUCAAGGAAAAUCUUUUUGAAGGAUUAUGCGGGGUGGAUGUCGAGGAGGUGACAAUCAAUCACAUCUCUUUAGAGAAUACUUAUACCUUUUUCGACUGCAUGGAAAACAUCACAUCUCUGCGUUUCAUACACGCCAGCUUGUACGGCUUCGAUAAUAGUCCUUUUACGUCAAAUAUGAAGAGAUUUGAACUCCAAAAAACAUUCAUCACCACGGUACCUUCCUUCAUCUUUUCCAAGUUAAAACAACUUAAGGAGAUCCGGAUAACAAACAACGAACGGCUCACCACCUUCUACCACUCACUGCUUGGAGUGAACACACUAGAGGUACUCGAUUUGAGUAAUAAUAAACUCAUGAUGGUGGCGUGCUGUGAGAAGCAAGUUCCCGGGACGUCCCUCAAACACCUGGAUUUUAGCUAUAAUUCGUACAUCGGCCUGAGGAGUUUUUUUCUGGAUAUGCCCCACCUUCUGUCACUAAAUCUGAGUCACUCCAAGGUGGACAGUGUCGGACAGUUUCCAAUAUUUAUGUCUCUGAACAAUCUGACUUAUCUUGAUCUGUCCUACACGUCGUGCCAUUUUAUGAUUCACUGUUCUUUCUGUGGACUCUACAAUCUAGUGGAGCUACGUGUAUCUCAUACCACAUUUGCCCCUGACGUAUUAGGCUCUGUUUUCCAUAACUUAAGUAGCCUUCGUCUUCUUGACAUGUCCUCUUGCGACGUACAGCACAUACCCAACGAAACGUUUGAACACCUCAAAGGGCUGCAAGUCCUGAACCUGAGCAAGAACAAGUUGAUAGAACUCAUGCCACCUGUUCUGCUUUCUCUUUCUGCUCUAUGGCAUUUCAAUGUAAGCGGUAAUAACAUCCAGGGUUUGUCUAAUGGUACGCUCCAGGUUUUAUCAAGAAGCUUAGCGAAAGUGGACCUCUCAAGGAACCCUUAUGACUGCUCAUGCACCCAGGAGCAAUUUUUGGUGUGGGUCAACGAACAAAGCGCCAAAGACCUAAACUUCAGUACUCUUAUGACGUGCAAGACACCAGAACACCUUCAGGGCACGCUACUUAGGGAAGUCCACUUGAACUGCAGCUGGACUCUCAUAUAUAUCAGCCUGUUGGUCAUUGUGGUCAUUAUGUUUCUUGCAUUGCUGAUGUACCACCUCUACUUUAAAUACUGCUUUCUGUUUUUUUGUUUUUGCCGCCGAGACUACCAAUUGUCAGUGACAGAGAAUACCUACGAUGCUUUCGUCAUACACUCCAGUUUAGACGAGGAAUGGGUAAGGAAUGAGCUGCUUCCGGAACUGGAAAACGGCGUACCGUCUUUUCAGCUCUGCGUCCAUUUCAGAAACUUCGAAGCGGGCAAGCUGAUCUUGGAAAACAUUUUCUACAACGGUAUCUGCUGUAGCCGUAACGCUCUCGUCAUCCUUUCCCCAAGCUUUAUCGAGAGCAAGUGGUGUUCUUUUGAGCUAAAGUUGGCCAUGUUCUGGACGUUCUUGGAGAACCAGUGUGGAGUAAUUCUUAUCCUACUGAAACCCGUCACGGAAGAUCAGCUUAAAGAUAUGUACGUUCUGAGGAAACAUCUCAGCAGAAACACGUACCUCAAAUGGGACGAUGACCAAAAAAACAAGAAGGAGUUCUGGAAAAGCUUGAGGCAGGCAUUGGGGCGAGGUCAGAGGGUGGCAGUUCCUCUUCUGGGUCAUAAUAGUGCGGAGAUAUGUCAACGGCAGAAUAAACAGAACAAAGAGACAACACAACUGUAA